CACGAGAGAAAAUGUAAUAUUUCAGUGAAGUAAAAUCACUUCGGGUUUCGUGAACUGACUGUGAACUUGCUGUUGACCGUUGUUUCUGCAUAUAUAGGGAUAACGUUAAAAAUGAAGGCUUCUCUGGGAACAGGCUUGGUUUUCUGUUUUGCGAUUUUCAGCCUGGGCUCUGCACUCCGUUGCUAUAGAUGCACCAAUUACUCUGGAAAAUGCACUAAUGUUCAGGACUGCAGCUAUGAGGAUGCUUGUCUUCAGUUAUUUGAAAGAGGAGGGAAGAUUAUCCGCCAGUGCAUCCGGCACACGGACUGUGAAAAUGCUCGGCUGUCUCAGAUGUUUCCUGCGGUGUCUUCCUUCUCCUUCAGUUGCUGCAGUAAUAACUUGUGCAAUGGCAGUCCCGCCACCAUGAUCUCUAAGCCCUUACUGGGGACGUUGGCGUCCCUCCUUGUCUUCUGGUGGUGCCUGCUUUAAAACUUUGGGAAACAGCUCAAUUUUCACCGUCUAACUGUAUCACUAAUUAUCUGGGGUGUGUUGCUAGAUAGGAAACAAAAACGCUGCAAAUAACAUUCCAGAUCUCAUUUUCUGCUUGUUUCAAGCACGUUUGUAUUAAUACGGGUGUAAUAACAAGCCGUCAACGGCUGGAUCAUUUAUUUUAUUGCAGUUGUAAUUUUUGUACGUGCUUGGAAUGGAUUGACGGAUGGAUUGUUUUUCUGUAAAAGCAUAUUUAUGACCGUUUAAGGACAACUUGAGAAAGUCUAAACUUACGCUGAUCAUCGUGAAAUGCCGUGCAUAACAGGUCAGAAAACGUUCAAAGAAAACGUUCUAAAUGUGGUAAAUGCAGGGCGUGUUGAUGAAAAGGAAAUGUUUGUAAUACUUUUCAUAAACAAUGUGCUUUUCUGAGAAAAUGUACGAAACUGAACAAUCCUCUUUUGUGUGUGUAAAUAUGGACUUUGGCAUUUUAGAUCUUUAAGCAAAACGGGAUUGUGAAGAAUUUUGUAUUUUUCUCUGGUUUUCUAAAAUGUUAUAAAAUAAUAUGUAUAGGGUGCAUUUAAAUGGAUUCUGUUUCACGCAACACUUUGCCUGCUUUUUGGUUUGGUAAAUCAAUCAAGAUUUUUUUUUUGCAGUUGGCGUAUAGAUAAGGUGCGGUAUUGGGAAUAUAACCGUGUACAAACAUUUGGAGACAGCGGCCCCAGACACAUUUUCCUUUGAUUGUGUGUGUUCACUAUGUUUUCGCUUGAUGAAUAAGGUUUUUGUUAAUGUCCCCAACACAGUUAUAAUGAAAAGACACAAUGCAGUAAUUUAUUUCACCCACAUUACAAUGAAGAACAGUCCUUUAAAGAUAAAAGGCCAAGUAAAAUCCACAUAUCUUCAUCCCUCUGUAGUGAAGAAGCCAGGACCAUCUUGGCAUUAGAGAGACCCCCCCCCCCCCCCCCAUUUCCCUAUCCACCAACAUGAAAGUCAUUGCUGGAGUAGUCUUCUCAAUCAAAGCAGAUGAAUCCCUAUUCAUUUAUCUACUCAGCAAAGAGCCAUAGUGAAUCCCUAUUCAUUUAUCUACUCAGCAAAGAGCCAUAGUGAAUCCCUAUUCAUUUAUCUACUCAGCAAAGAGCCAUAGUGAAUCCCUAUUCAUUUAUCUACUCAGCAAAGAGCCAUAGUGAAUCCCUAUUCAUUCUCUCUUGCAUUAUAUCUUGAACAAAAGCCUUGAGGUUUAUACCUAUAAGGGAUAAAGAAGCAAACAUUUUUAAAAGUACACAAACCACAUAAAAAUACAAAAACAUUUAACACCACAGUAGCAAUAUUAUGUUGGAGUCUAAAUUUAUAUAUGAAGCAUAAUAAGCAUUCCAUGUUGCCAUAAAUGCAGUGCUAAAUACAGCAUAUUUCUAUUUAGGUGUCAACAGUGAAUUCACUAUGACCCUAACCUGUAUUAUUUCAGUUAAAAACGUGUAAUUAAGUAUAAAAUAGAUUGUUUACCAAAACAGCAAUACAUUUAAAAUAUUCUAGACAGUACCGAUUAACAAAGAAGUUGUAAGAGUGAUGUUACUUGAUUAGCUAGGUAAUGAGCUGAAAAAGCCUCUCUACAGUCUUAAAGUAUCACUGUCCAAACUUCACCUGCAAUGCAUGCGGUUCUCACGGCUGUAGCGAUGCCUUCACAUUAAACAAUGAGCGGCAAUGACACCAGUGCUCUACUGCAGAUGCACUGAAACGCACCGUUACGCAGAGAGCUGGAUUGAGCCCUUGUUCUCCUCCCUGUGGCGCUCCUGAUGGUCCAGGUCUCUGCUUGCUUUCUGAGGGAUGAGUUAUUUUCGAUAUCUUGGUGUAGGCUGGGUCACACAUUCAAUUCCUACUUGUGGGUUUCUUCCAAUGUUCAGAAGAUUAUGGAAACCUCUAUGCUUUUUUAUUGUUUGUUAGAGUGAAAGGAAAGACAAAAACACGGUGGAAACUGUACUAACUCUGAAUAUAUUUUACUUUAACUUACAUAGUUUUUUUUUUUUUUACUAUUAGCUAAUAAGAUAAUACUUUGUAUCACUCAUGAGAAGGACAUCAGUGUCAUAUACUAUGCUUUUAUCCCUGGAGUCAGUCACUCUUUUAUCAAAUUGCAAAAAGAAAACUGUCAGUAAUUUUGUUUAUUAACCUGUUACAAGUUGGUAAGAGGGAGGAUGUUCUGUGUUCUUUCUUGAAAUGUUAAUUUCAGAGAUGCCUGAUGAAGUAAGCCUGUAAGACUGUGGCACAAAAAAAGUCAGGACUCACUCUUCUAAGCAUUAAAGUCAUUUAACAAUAA